AUGGCAACUCACACUCCACUCUUCUAUGCUCUCAUUCUACUUGCUUCCACUUUCUCUCUCCAUUUUCAAGCUCACGCUGCUCCUGCAGGUCCAUUGAUUAAGCAUUUGUCUUCACUUAUCAAAUGGACAAGGUCUGCCACCAAGAUGCCACAAUCAGAUGGGAAUGUUCUUCAAUUUGAGAAUGGUUAUGUAGUUGAGACUGUUGUGGAAGGAAAUGAGAUUGGAGUUAUCCCUUAUCGGAUCCGCGUCUCUGAAGAGGAUGGUGAACUCUUUGCUGUUGAUAAAAUUAAUAGCAACAUUGUUCGAAUUACCCCGCCAUUAUCUCAGUAUAGUAGAGGAAGAUUGGUAGCUGGGUCGUUUCAGGGCUACACUGAUCAUGUCGAUGGAAAGCCUAGUGGUGCUCGGUUUAAUCAUCCCAAAGGCAUUACUAUGGAUGAUAAAGGGAAUGUUUAUGUUGCUGAUACUCAGAAUCUUGCAAUUAGAAAGAUUGGAGAUGCUGGCGUCACAACCAUCGCUGGAGGAAAGUCAAAUGUUGCUGGCUACAGGGAUGGGCCUAGUGAGGAUGCUAAGUUCUCAAAUGAUUUCGACGUGGUUUAUGUUCAUCCAACCUGUUCAUUGCUGGUCAUUGAUAGAGGGAAUGCUGCUCUUCGACAAAUUAUUCUUAACCAGGACGACUGUGAUUACCAAUCUAGUUCAAUUUCCAGCACAGAUAUCCUUACCAUCGUUGGUGCGGUUUUGGUUGGAUAUGCUACAUGCAUGCUUCAGCAGGGAUUUGGAUCCUCUUUCUUCUCAAAAACAAGACACUCGAGAGGAGAGUUUAAAGGGCAACCAAGCAACGAGAAACACAUGCCAAUCCCGGACAGCAGUAAAGAAGAUCCCGGAUGGCCAUCUUUUGGACAACUUAUUGCCGAUCUUUCUAAGCUAUCCUUUGAAGCAUUGGCUAGCACAUUCACUCAAUUCAUACCAUCACAUUUCAAAUCUAACAGCGUGAACAGAGGACUAACACCGCUCAAGGAUCGCCUCGUGAUGCCGGAAGACGAAGUCAAGUCUCCAUUAGUCAAUAGAAAAACCGCACACGUUACUCAUACCGAAAAUCGGCAGAUGCCACAGGUCCAUACUCCAAGCACUGCUGAGAAAUAUUCAGAAGUAAAGGCACCUUUGAUAAAUUGCUGA